AUGCCCAUGUCUGUACUCAGCAAUUCUUAUCCUCCAUCUGCAGGAACUUUCAGCCCUAAUAUCAUCCCAAUCAUUAGUCCCAUCCUGAACUUCCUUUCACAGACAAAAUCCCCAUUCCUGGCACAUGUAUACCCCUAUUUUGCCUACAUCUCUGAUCCCAAAGACAUUUCUCUGGCUUAUGCACUGUUCCAAAUGGAGACUCCCAAUGAUGUGGGGUACAAGAACUUAUUUGAUGCAAGUGUAGAUGCCCUCAUUUAUGCCAUGGAAGCUUUGGGCCAUUCAGACAUUCCCAUUGUUAUUGCUGAAAGUGGGUGGCCUUCUGAUGGGAAUCCAAAUGGUGGUGCAAAUAUAUCCAAUGCCCAGACUUACAACAAUAACUUUAUCAAGCAUGUUUUGUCUGGGGAGGGGACUCCCAGGAGGCCUAACCAAGCCAUUGAGGCUUUUGUGUUUGCCAUGUUUAAUGAAGAUCUGAAGCCUGGAGACCUUAUUGAGAAGCAUUUUGGGCUCUUUCAGCCUACUAAAGAACCAGUUUACCCUGUCAACUUUAAAGGUUAA